GUAAUGUAAGUAACCUAAGCAUGAGAGAGUUGGAAUGAAGGAAGAAGAAGGUAAGAAGAAAAUGAGUGAAGAGAUAAAGUUUGAGGUGGAGCAGAGAAGAUACAUAAAACCCUCCAUAGCCACACCACCACACCUCCAAAUCUUCAAACUCUCUUUACUUGACCAGCUUUUCCCAAACAUCCAUGGCAACAUCACUUUCUUCUUCCCUCACACACUUCCACACUUCUCCACCAAAUCCCAACUCCUUCAAACCUCACUCUCUCACACCUUGACCCGCUUCUACCCUCUCGCCGGAAACCUCCAUAGCGCCACCACCCUCCACUGCAACGACGUCGGUGCCCUCUUCAUCCAAUCCCACACCAAUACCUCUCUCUCCGACAUCCUCAAAGCCCCAAACUUCCACACCCUCCAAUGUCUCCUCCCCUCCACCGAUAACCAAACUUCAACAAACGCCGCCAUGCUCCUCCUCGUACGCUUCACCUCCUUUCGCUGCGGCGGCACCGCCGUAACCAUUUCUCUCUCCCACAAAAUCGCCGACAUAGCAGCCGUCAUCGCACUCCUCAAAACCUGGACCGCCGCGUGCGCCGGAGAAACCCCUACGAGAGACCCCGAACUCGCCGCCGGCGCAGCGCUCUUUCCUCCGAGAGAGCUUCCCGCUCCUGCAGUGACCGCGUCCAUUAACACCGCCUCGUCGGAGAACUUCACGUCGAGGAGGUUCGUUUUCGAAGCGUCGAAGGUGAAAGCGCUGAAGAAGAGAAUAGGAGAAGGUUGCGCGUUUGAACCUUCGAGGGUGGAGGUGGUGCUUGCACUGAUAUGGAAAUGCGCCCUCUCGGCUUCUCGCUCGGAAACGGCGCCGUUCAAGCGUUCGGUUUUGUUCCAAGCGGUGAACCUCCGUCCCCGGAUGGAGCCGGCGGUGGCGGACGGCGCCUUGGGGAACUUUGUGUGGCCAUUCGCGGUGACGGUGGAGGAGGAGGCGCAGUUGGAGUUGCAGGUGAUGGUGAAGAGGAUGAGGGAGAGUAUGAGGGAGUUUGUGGAAAGUAAGGCAGAGAAGUUGAAAGAAGAUGGUGGUUUUGGAGUGGUUAUGGAGAGUUUGAAGGAAAGAGGUGAAGUUAUGAAGAAGAAUAGUGUUGUUUAUAAGUGUUCGAGUUGGUGCAGGUUUCCACUGGGUGAGGUUGACUUUGGUUGGGGCGAAGCAGUGUGGGCUUGCAGUGUGAAUAAGAUGGUUAGUAACACCAUCGCUCUGAUGGAUACCAGAGACGGUGGAGUUGAAGCUUUCGUCACCCUCGAUCACCACCACAUGCUUCUCUUUCAACAACAUCACCAUCUUUUACACUAUGCUUUGCUUAAUCCCUCUGUUAUUCUCUGAAUCUUCUCAAUCAGUAUAGACUAUGUCUCAAUUCAACAUCAAA